AUGUAUCAUACAGGUAGCAUUACAUAUUUUAUUCAUUUUCAUAUUAUGACUCUUGGUGGUUUACUUGUCAAUCGUCGUACAAAACGACAAUAUCGUUUAGAUGGAUGCCGUCGAUCACAUAAAAGCCCAUUAUUAAAUGUAUCACGACCAUUUUUAUCUUUAUUAACUGGUUCACAAUUACCAAAUGUUGUUGAUUUACGUCCAUUCUUAAGUCCAAUUGAAGAACAAUAUACAAUUGGUUCAUGUGUUGGUAAUGCAUUAGCAUCAAUAUUAGAAUAUUUUUAUUAUUAUUCAACUGGACAAAUAAAAAUUUUUAGUCGUUUAUUUAUUUAUUAUAAUGCUCGAAUGAUGGAAGAUGAAAUAUCACAACGACAUGCAACUGAAACAGAUUCUGGUGCUGACAUACAAUAUGCUAUUGUAAGUUUAAUUGAAUAUGGUUGUUGUGAAGAACAAUUUUGGCCAUUUUAUGAACAUCUUAUUAAUAAACGACCAAGUUAUGAAGCAUAUAAAAAUGGAGAAUAUUAUCGUUUAAUGGAAUUUAGUCGUCUUUCAAAUAAUAUUGAUGAAUUACGUCAAUGUCUUGCACAAGGUUAUCCAUUUGUUAUGGCUAUUAAAAUAUUUGCAUCAUUUGCAUCAAAUCAUCAUGGUUAUAUACCAAUGCCAAAAAAAUCUGAAAAAUCAUCUCAAUAUCGACAUGCUAUUGUUUGUGUAGGUUAUAUACAUUCUCAACGAGUAUUUAUUAUACGUAAUUCACAUGGAAUUGAUUGGGGUGAUCAUGGUUAUGGUUAUUUACCAUAUGAAUAUGUUAUGGAUAAAAUUUUAACAAAAGAUUUAUGGGCAAUAAAAUCAAUUCAAAAUAUGACAACAAUAUCAAAUGAAAAACAUAUUGCAUGGAAUGAUUAUCCAAUUUUAUCAAAAUCAUUUAGUCAACAAGAUAUGACUGAUGAUCAAUUACAAUGUGAUAUUGAAUAUUCAGAUGAUGAACAAGAAGAAUCAAAAUUAACUUAUGCACAUAGACCAUAUCAACGUCGUUAUUCACAAGAAUCUGAAGGAGAACAUUUAGCAUCACCAGCACAACUAGAAGAAAAUCAUUUCGUACAACCACCUUUUAUAAAUUACUAUCCAAUAGCUCAUAUUCCACCUUCAGGUGUAUUUAUGAAUGCACCUGUAAUGGGACCUUUUCCCUAUCAUCCAUCUAUGUUUCAUCCAACACCUUUCUUUAGACCAUUUUGA